AUGCGUCCUCCUCAACCUCCCUUCCUCCAGCGCCUCCUCAGCUUUGAAAACUGGAAAGAGCGCGUACUCCCGGAAGCCGUCAAGGCAUUCAUCGUGGGUUGCGUGAUGCAACUUGGACCUUCCACGACGAUAUCUCUGAUCUGCAACCCGCCGCCGACGAUCUUGCAAUUGCAAUUGGAGCAUUUCCAUGCACCCACCACGGGCAAGAGGUCGGGCGUCAGAAUCGGAGUCGAGACUCCAUGUUUACUUUGGCUGACUCGAAUCUUGUAGGAGAUUACCAGGUACCUUACGCAAUUGAGUAGUGAGGAGUCGGGCCUCUCGAUGGGUCGUUGGCUGUACGAGAUGGCGUCAAGGUGUGCCUUCGCAGAAUGA